AUGGCAUUGAAUUCUUCUCUGCUGCUACUCCUGUUAUGUUACGUUCUUGCGAUCGUCAAUGCCGCCGAUCCGGAUCCACUGCAAGACUUUUGCGUUGCCCAUCUCUCCAAGGAUCUCACCAUCAAUGGCUUCCCUUGCAAGGACGCCUCGGCCGCCACCACCGAGGACUUCAUCUUUGCCGCGCUGAAAAACCCGGGAAACACGAGCAACCCGUUCGGCGUUGGAGUGGUGCCUGGAUCCGUCCGCGAGUACCCGGGCCUCAACACGCUCGGCAUCUCGAUCGCGAGGCUGGAUUUCGCGGUUGGCGGCUUGACCCCUCCGCACACCCAUCCCCGCGCGUCGGAGAUCAUCUACGUUGUCACCGGGAGCUUGUACGCUGGAUUUGUGAGCACGGACAACAGGGUCUUCGCUCGAGUGAUCACCGAGGGCGAGGUGAUGAUGUUCCCGCGGGGAUUGAUCCACUGGCAGCUCAACGUCGGGAAGAGCACCGCGACUGGGAUCGUCACGCUCAAUUCCCAGUCUCCGGGCUUCCAGUUCGUUGCAAACUCCUUGUUUGGAUCCGGAGAUAUCUUGGACGAGGUGUUAGUCAAGAGCUUCUUCCUCGACGAGAAUACCGUGCGUGAGAUUAAGUCCAUCUUUGCGUCUAGCUCAUGA